UCAGCGCGUUGGUAUGGCUGUAAUUCCUGUCACCGUCUAAGGUACAACGUCCUGGAGGUUUUGAGUCCUGUCAGGUGUGCCGUUCGAAUCUGUCUCCAGCUUAUCUUGAAACGCCUGAGCAUGUCGCGGUGGAAAACCCUGACGUGGCAUACUGUGAUAAGAGGAAGCUCGUGCCACUGGCGAACCCUCGUUAGUACGCAAGCAGGGCUCCCCCUCGUUUGUAGGCGAAGCUUCGCUAGUAGGCAAGGAAGCCUUCUCAGUACGCAAGCAUGUUUCUGCUUCGUUAAUCGACAAGCAGGGCUCUCCUUCUCUAGCCGACAAGCAGGCGGCGCCCUAACAUGCAUAAAUCGCGUUAGCUCGGCCAUUCCUAACAACACUGUACACGCCGGUAGCAGGAGAGGCUUAUCGCAUGCGAAAAUUGACGACAGAGCAGGAGUCGCACGAUCCGGCGAUGGCAACACGAGCGACGAUAGAUCACGGCAGGAGCGCGAGUCUUGGGAAUGGCAACAGCAGCAGCGCCGGUGGCAGAUGGAUGCAGAACUCGAAUCGACGGCGGGAGACGAGGAGAAUGAUAGGCGGCCUUCAAACCUCGGAGCUAUGAUUCCGCGAGGGGUUCCGUCGCUCAGCCAUGGCGUAAGGUCGGGUCGAAAGCGAGCAGUGCGGUUUGAUCCCGCAUCAGGCGGGUUGGAUAUCAGGGGAGGGGAGGAAUGCGGAGGUGACACUAACGAAGGUGAGAGAAGGGAAGUCUUAGCAGACGACGACACUGGGAUGAGGAGAGGGGGAGGGUGGAGACAGAAAAAUGGGAGGGGGGAUUCACCCCGUUCUUUUCCCCGUUUCGUUGCACAUUCCGCUGUCGCACAGGAGCGCAAUGGAAGGGGGGAGGGGAGCGAAGGAGCGAAGGGCGGAGGGGUGUCGGAACUGCAUGGGCAGAGGGGGGGAGGAUCGGAGCGGAGAGAGACUGCAGCAGUGAAGCGUGGGCUCAACGAGCCAGGAAGGCUCUCAAAGGACGCAGCACGUGAAUCAAGCAUCACAUUUCAGGCAGUUGCAGAGCAGGACGGGGAUGAGCAGGACGAGAGCGAGGCGUACAAGAUGGCGCGGGUCGAAGCUGUGCGGCUGCUGAGUCUCAAGCAAUUGUCCGAGGCUCAGCUGCGGCAGAAGCUGAAAUCCAACUUGACACAGCCAGAGAGGGCCCGGGGUUUGGCCAGAAGAGCGGGAACAAGACAGCCACGUGGCAGCAUGCCGGUGGAGCAGGCUGAUGCUGCCAUUGAUGCUGCCGUCACCUCCAUGAAGCAGCUGGGGUUUGUGAAUGACACGGAGUAUGCUGAAGCUUUUGCACGAGGAAGGUUCAACCGGCUAGCAUGGGGUCCAGCGCGACUCAGAAUGGAGCUGAAAAAGAGGGGGCUCAGCAGCAGAGAUACUAACGCAGCAAUGGAAAAUAUCUACAAGUCAAGCAGUGCAACUGAAGACGGCUUCAGUAACAGUGACGAUAUUGGUGACUUCGAAGAGCAUGACCCUUCAAACCAUGUCGGAUUUAGUAAGGAGGCAUGGCUUACAUUGACUGCACAAGCUUCAAGAGUGUGGAGUAGAGGUUCUGAUGUCCCCAUUGAGAAGCGAAAGCAACGGUUAGUGGGCUGGCUACAACGGCGGGGUUAUACCUGGGAGCAGACCUGGAAAGUUGUGAACUUCUUACAAAGAGAAACUUGAGUGACUCGUAUUUUCCAUUACAG